AUGCCCGCUCCUAUGGAAGACCUUCCGGUAACCCACCAUAACAACAUCUAUCCGGGUAUUGAGCCGAGCAAGUUCACGGGUACGCUCACAGGCAAGGUCGUAUUCAUCACCGGUGCCUCUCGUGGCAUCGGGGAGGCGACUGCGAUUGCGUUCGCCAAAUCUGGUGCGAUCCUCUUCCUCGCCUCCCGCAAACAAGAGACUCUCGAGACUGUCAAGGCUGACAUUCUGCGCGCUGUGCCAAAUGCCAAAGUCGCGACGCACACUACGGACGUUGUGCAUCAUGCAAGUGUCAAAGAUGCCGUAGGGGCCUGUGUGAAGGAGUUCGGGAAGAUAGAUGUUGUGAUAAGCAAUUCGGGGGCUAUGGAAGAUUUCACACAAAGUGAGCAACAUCCACUAGAUCUCAUGUAUUCACCGCUAAGCGUGAACACGCUAGCGAUCGCCCAGCGUGACCCGGAUGUCUGGUGGAGGACAUGGGAGGUCAAUGUCAAAGGCUCCUUCAAUGUUGCGCACUACACUCUUCCGGUACUUGGCAAAAGCAAAGGAUACUUCAUCUUUGUUUCCUCAGUUGGUGCACAAAUCCGUCGUGCUGGUGCGUCGAGCUACCAGAGUGGAAAGCACGCAAUCAACCGAGUCGCCGAAUUUGCCGCUAUGGAGGCUGCUCCAGACGGGGUAAAGGUGUUCGCGAUCCACCCCGGAGGAGUGAAGACCGAGUUGUCCAAGGCUGGCGGGCCGGAGCUCGCCAAGGUGCUCAAUGACGAUGUUCAGUUACCGGCGUGGGCGAUGGUUCGGCUUGUUCAAGGGAAGGACGACUAUCUUUCGGGCCGAUACGUCUCCGUAUGUUGGGAUUUAGAUGAGGUGCAAGAGAAGUGGAAGGAUGCUAUUGUUUCAGAGGAUGCGCUGAAGAACCGUUUGGCCCUGCCGUCUGCUGCAUAUGCAAGAUCUUCGGCCGUCGCAGUGCAGCAUAAAUCCCUCACCUUGACGGUACCUGGACUAGUUAGGGCAUCUACAGGUAGCACAAUCACACCAGCUAAAGAAGACACGACUUUCAACCAAUUGUGCUUUCUCCACCUCGGAGAGAUAUAUUGGUUCUAUCUCUACCCAUCAUGCGUGGGAGAGACGUUUAACGUCUGGCAGCACAUUAACAUUCGCGGUGCCCCUCGCCCUCCAAUGUCCGAGGUUCAGACAUUACUCAACUCGUUUAUCCCCUAAUCCCUCCGAAUCAACCGCUCUAGGAGCUGAUGUCCAAACUAAAGCAGUUACUCCGGCAGACAUACCCAGCGCAUUGAUAGCAAAAGCCUCUCUGAAAGCUGCUGUUCGAGUAAACUCACAUCCGCCAGUAUCCGGAGAUGAGCAGGGGGAGGAUACCUGGCAUUUGUCUCCGGCUGAACAACGAAAGUCAGAUUGGAACAUUAUCAAGCAACUAGCAGUCAACGUGUGGUCCAAGGGAGAAUGGGAUGUUAAAGCUAGGGUGGUGGCUGCAUUUGCUCUGCUUAUCGUCGGGAAGAUCGCGACCGUGCAAGUCCCAUUUUUCUUCAAAGGAGUUGUGGAUGCCCUUAAUGUGCCAAUAACCGCUGAUACGACUGUGUGGGUGGUGGCGGGAGCGGUGAUUGCCGGAUAUGGCUUGGCUAGAAUUAUGUCAACGGUUUUCAGCGAACUGAGGAACGCCAUAUUCGCCGAUGUUGCCCAGCGUGCAAUACGACGUGUAGCGCGAGAUACGUUCGAGCAUGUCCUGAAUCUCGACCUCAAGUUCCACUUAUCUCGCCAAACAGGCGGGCUCACAAGAGCUAUUGACCGCGGAACGAAAGGCAUCACAUUCAUCCUGACUGCAAUGGUGUUUCACAUUGCUCCCAUUGCGUUAGAAAUUGCCAUGGUAUGUGGCAUAUUGACUUGGAGUUACGGAGCCAACUAUGCGAUCGUAACUGGGCUUGCGAUGGCAUCAUACACCUGGUUUACCAUCAGGACGACUGCCUGGCGCACGCGUUUCCGCCGGGAGGCCAAUAACGCUGAUAACAGUGCGGCCACCACUGCUGUCGAUUCAUUGAUCAACUACGAAGCGGUGAAACAUUUCAACAACGAAGCAUUCGAAGUUGCAAAGUAUGAUAAGCAUCUGGCCCAUUACGAAGACGCAUCAUUAAAGAUAGCAACAUCCCUUUCCUACCUUAACUCGGGACAGAACAUCAUCUUCUCCUCAGCUUUGACUAUCAUGAUGUUCCUUGCUGUACAGGGCGUCAUCAAUGGUCAUAUGACUGUUGGUGAUCUGGUGAUGGUGAACCAGCUCGUGUUUCAGUUGUCUUUACCAUUAAACUUCCUCGGAACCGUAUACCGGGACCUGAGGCAGAGCUUGCUUGAUAUGGAAGUUCUGUUCAAUGUUCGCCGCAAGAACAAACUCAUUGUGGACGCCCCUGGAGCGAAGGCACUUGUGUUGAAAGGUGGCGAAAUCAAAUUCGAUCGUGUUGCCUUUGCAUAUCAUCCAGAGCGCCCCAUUUUCCGAGACAUAUCGUUCACAAUCCCAGCAGGAAAGAAGGUCGCUAUCGUUGGACCUAGCGGUUCUGGGAAAUCCACAGUGUUCAGACUGCUAUUCAGGUUUUACGAGCCAGACGCGGGAAGGAUUCUCAUUGAUGGUCAAGAUCUGCGCGACGUUACCUUGGACAGCCUCCGACAUUCCAUUGGCGUCGUACCACAGGACACACCGCUCUUCCAUCAGGACGUGAUGCACAAUAUCCGUUAUGGCCGUAUAUCGGCAACAGACGAGGAAGUUGUGGAGGCAGCGAAGAAAGCGAACGUGCAUCACACCAUUGAACGCAUGGCUCAGAAGUACCAGACGCAAGUUGAGCGCCCCAUUUUCCGAGACAUAUCGUUCACAAUCCCAGCAGGAAAGAAGGUCGCUAUCGUUGGACCUAGCGGUUCUGGGAAAUCCACAGUGUUCAGACUGCUAUUCAGGUUUUACGAGCCAGACGCGGGAAGGAUUCUCAUUGAUGGUCAAGAUCUGCGCGACGUUACCUUGGACAGCCUCCGACAUUCCAUUGGCGUCGUACCACAGGACACACCGCUCUUCCAUCAGGACGUGAUGCACAAUAUCCGUUAUGGCCGUAUAUCGGCAACAGACGAGGAAGUUGUGGAGGCAGCGAAGAAAGCGAACGUGCAUCACACCAUUGAACGCAUGGCUCAGAAGUACCAGACGCAAGUUGGUGAACGAGGCCUGAUGAUCUCAGGAGGGGAGAAGCAGCGUCUAGCAGUGGCGAGGGUCCUGCUAAAGGACCCGCGUAUUCUGUUCUUCGACGAAGCGACAUCGGCAUUGGACAGUCAGACAGAGAUGGAGCUUAUGAAGAAUAUCAACUCUACGCUGCUGGAUAAGCAACGCACGAACCAUAUCAUUGUCAUCAAAGAUGGGCACGUAGUGGAACAAGGGACCCACAACGAGCUCAUGCACGCCGGCGGAUUGUACAACUCCAUGUGGUUUGCCCAAGCGAAUGACCCAACGGAAACCGCCUACAUCGCGGAGAACAAACAGGAUGUGGAGGAGGCGGAGCCAGGCGACGAGAACGACAACGCGGAAAGAGAGUCCGACACGAGAUCUACUACAUAG